GUCCCGGAUUCGCUUCUUACACUGUCGAUCCCUCAGUGAGGUCCACGGCUGCCCGCCGUUCAAGUCCACGCGACGAUUAAUCGAUGUACCGAUCGACCGAUCAAAAACGCCCAUCGCCGAACACGGGCAGAAGCGACGACCGUGGAGUCUGUAAUCGAUCGCGCGUUUCCAGACGAACAAACGAACCCGACGAGUGAGCUACAAAAAGGUACUCGCGCGCAAUUAAACUCGCGCUCGUUUAAAAGUAUUUUUCGCUCUCGAAUCCUUUAUCCUCGAAUGUUUCUCGAAAGUGCAUACAUGUGUUUCUAGUAUUGAAACAUUGGAAAAUUGGAUCUGCGAUUUACACAGCGAUUCGCGACGUGCUGUCGGUUAACUGACAUUUGAUCAAUUCAAAAUACAUCACAUCAGUGCGUGUGACAUUUCGCGCGUUUUAUUACCGAGGAAAAAAAGUUAAAAAAUUGCCGGUAUUAUCAACAAGAAAAUUUCGAUAAAAUUUAAUCGAGAAUUACGCAUCUCACUUAUGUGCAUACGUUGCCAAGACAUAUUUAACGUCGCCCGCUGCAAUACAAAUGCAUAUAAACACACCGUCGUGUGCCCGCACGUGUGGUAUCGUUUCACGAGUGCAGCCCAUCGCCUUUUGCAAAUUACGAGCGGCACGCUGGAAGAUGCAUCUUCCGCGAAUCGGCUCGCAAUGUGAGACGUGACGCGAAACUGUGUGUAUGUAUUUCUCUCUCUUUCUGUCUUUCUCUUUCUUCCUCUUUCUCCUUCCUCUUCCACCGUCACCGCGACAACUGCGAAGAAAGAAAGUUGACUCGAGUCUCAGGUCUCCGCCGCCGCGAAUUUGACAGGCUGCCAAGUCCGCGAGGUCGCGUUACAUAACGCCAUGUAACGCGUGCGAACUUGGACUACGCGUCCGCGAAAGCGAACGAACCGGCAACCCGCCGUCUCGGGAUCGUCGUCGAUCAUGUGAUCGCGCAGCGAGUGCGGCAACUCGAAUGCCACGGCGCGAGACCAUACUAUAUUGUGCGCGGCUGCUAUUCGCGGUCGCGCAGAAAACGGGACUGCAGUUUUAACUCGGAACUUAUCGCUAAGCGAGCGACGGCCGAACGACAGCGAUUCUGAAUCACACGGCACAGGAAUCGAGAGUUAUCUGGACGCGAAUAACGAUCGUGUGAAGUGUACGUGCAAUAUCCUUUUCGCGAUCAUAGAGUGGCGCGCUACGGAAUUUUAUUUAUCAUUUCUUAAUUGUGAUAAACACGAGAUUGCUCCUCAAAGUGUAGAAUAAUUAUACGAUAUAUAUAUAAUGACAUGAUAUUUCAUGUCAUUUAUACACUUCAAUAAAAUUAUUAUUAUUUUCUAAAUCGUUUCAUUUCGAAAAUAAAAAUCCAUCGGGCGAAUGACGACGUGAACAAACGCGCGUUUCAACGAAACGAGACAACGAUCAGCGAUAGGCGAUCUUUCUCGGGCCCCAUGAAAUUCAUCGAGGCAGGGCAGAACCCGUUAAGAAGUCCAGAGACGACGAACUCGUUCGGAACGAGAAAUUAAUCGGGACGAUCAGCGAGCGAGCGAGCGAGCGGUUUUUCCGGCAGAUUAUUCGAGCGCGAACGCUCGAUUAAACGAGCGAACCAGAGAGAAGAACCGAGACCAUGAAGAACGCCCAUCCGAUCGUCAGCGCGACGACUUCCAGUCCGGUCGGUCCAGAUUCCACGGAUCUUGGCGAGCCGGCGGAGCCGAUCAUCCGGUUAAAGCUACAGAAACCGCUGCACUGGGAGUGGGAACUGACGACGUCCGCCGACGCGCUGCCCGUCAUCCAGCUGUUGGACAAGGACGGCCGGUUGCUAGUGGAGACCACCGGCCGAACGGCGCAGCGGGCGAGAGGAUCCUUCAAAGAGGGCCUGAGGACUCACGAACAAUUCUCCGCCGACGAGUCCAGGGCCAGCUCGAAGAGCAAGGAGCAAACGUCCUCACCGUCGACAUCGUCCACCGCCUCGUUCGUCGUGACGCUUCCGAGUAAUCGCAAUAUCGACGGCUUCAGUAACAAAUUCGGUACAUGCAACUUUGCUCCGCGAAAAUCUCGAAGCGACGUUAAUAUCAAAGAGGGACGGGGCAAGAAGAGACACUCGUCCACCGUGGAAGAUCCGACGAUGAAGGCGAAGCUCGAACGAAACAUCGAAGAAACAGCGAAUGGAUACAAGAGAUACUCCGCCGGGGAUUAUCUCCGACAGCAAAUCAUGAACGAUCUACGUACACGUAGCACAAUCGGGAGAACUCCGGAUGAGGUCGCCAAAGACAGAUGCAGAAAGGUUAAGGCGUACUUGAGAAGUCAGAGCGAGAGUCUGCUGAGUUUAGUUCACGAGGAAGAAUGCAGUGGAAACGAAACGAAGGACACUAUUAGACCGAAUGAGAAGUGUGCCAAAGAUCGUAAUUUAAAGAGGAACAAUACGAUCAAUUCUGAAGAAAAAAAUUCGAAUGGAGAAAACAAAAAAGUAAGGUCGUAUCUGCGAACCCGAAGCGCCUUAAUCCCGACGGAGAACUCGGCGAAGGAGAGUUCCAAGUCGAACGAAGGGGAUAGAGUCGUUCGCAAGAUAAAGGAUGACAUGGAUGAGGAGGAGCUGGCGAGAAUCAGAGCGUUUCUACGCGAAAAGAUACAGAGGCGAAUGAAUAUGGAACAGGCAUGUUCGAGAUUGGGCGGCCGCGCCAAUGUUCCGGAGACUCUCGAAAAGGCCGGGAUCAGGAAAAGAUACUCGGACUACAGUCACGAGGAAAAUCAGAAGAACUACAGAACGCGAAAGGUGCGCAGCGAGACGAGUAUUUUGCGAUUCAAUCCCGAGGUAAUCGAGAGAGAGAAACUCAAGUCCAACAGACAAUCGGAGAAGGAGAGAUCAAUGAACUGCAGAGGAUCUUUGGAGGACUCUCAACUUCAAAGACAGUCACGUAACUAUCGACGAUCGAGAAGCGAGGCGUUAGUCCAAGCUUCAGAAUCGGAUAAUCGAUCGAAAUCGCAGCCAAGGAGAGAAUCGUCGAGUCUGGAUAGAAGGAAGGUCUACCGAAAAACCAAGAGCGACGUUUUGCUCGGACAAAUGGCGAUGGCGGCGGUCAACGCGGACAGCGCCAAAGACCUCGCAAAUCCCCCGAGACAUAUAAAGAGCCCGGAGAAUGUGGAGAAGUCCUGGCGGGAAUACAAAGAGCGAAAACGAACUGAAAGACUUCGUCGGGAAUCGGAAAGAGAAGUGCCCGAAGAGGACUUCAUGAGUAAACCGAGAUGGAAGGACCUGCAACGCGAUCCCUGCUUCUCGCGCAACUGCAAGGUCUGUCAAAACUUGAAAAACUGCGUGGACCCGCUUUACGAUCAGAACGAGAAAACUCGUCAGGAGAACGGAGAGCGAUUGCCGAGAAAAGAAACCGUCGCGAAAGUUCCCGAAGACCAGACUUCGUCGAUGAACGGCAGCAGACCUGGCACCAGCUUGCAGGAAAAUUACUUGCUCGUCGGGCAGAAGAACGCGGACGAGCGCCAAUCGCCGAUCAUCGCCAAAAUUCAAGUGAAAAAUCGCGGCAACGACAUUGGCAGUGCGUCCACGUUAAAUAUCAAUUCCCCGGAUUUCGGGUACAACUCGAUCCCCUCGAAGAGGGCCUUCAAGGACUAUCGGCAGUUAUACACGCGCUCGAAUGUAAAGAAGAGCGAUACUUUCAAAAUCGUCGACGGAAGCGAGGAUCUAGAGGAACGCGCGAACGACUCGAAGAUAAACGGUGUCGACGGUUCCGAUAGCGAUCUCGGCUAUCUGAACGGCAAGAUUUCGCUAGCGAACAAAUCGAACGAGGACAUCACUAAGGAUUACUUCAAGAGAGUUUACGAACUGCUGAAAAGGAGGCAAGAAGAGAUGAAAAAAUCGGCGAAUGAAAAUCACGAGCUUCCGGGCCACGAUGACUCUUCAUCCUCGAAUUAUAUCGAGGAAAUGCAAAAAAAGAGGCAUCGCCGCAGGAGGAAAGACAAAAGCCCACAAGGUGAGGAAGUAGUGACGGUACCGUCCACCAGCAACGAUCAGGAGAGCUGGAAAGCGCAGAGGCUGUCAGUAAACGGCGAAUCGCCGCAAUCGAGCAAUCGUCGCCGCGGCUGCCGGCCUCAGUUACAACCGGUCGUUUCCGGCGGUAAGAGGAAUCGGCCGGCGCCACCCCCACCGUCGCAGCCGAUAUCCUACAGGGUCAAUGCCAAGGAUCCGCUCGACAGAUACUUCGACUGGCCGAACAAAGAGAACACACCCGGAAAUGCCGUGAACCGUCGCGAGGACGACCACCAAACGAAUCAAAUCCAGGCAACCGAAGAAUCGAUAAUGGGUUCGAAUCUUAGCAGACAUAACGGAAAGGGCCUCACUGGCCGACGCACUCAAUCUUCCGGAAAUCUAUGUGACCCCAAGGGAAAGCUCAACAGUAUGGGAAAGAUACUGGUACCCUGUUCCAGCGCGCAGAGAGAAAGGUAUAAAUUUUGCGGUUCGCUGCCAAAUCACUUGGACGAUAAAGAUGGGCUGGACGAAGAUCGACGGGAUAACAAUAACAUCUCGUCCGAGAAUGUUAGCGGAAAUUUCGGCACGUUACCACAUAAGAAACGCUCGUUAGGAGUGCACUUCUCGGAUAGCGGACCGACCGGCACUUUGGAUCUCGUUAAGCACCGAUCGCAGGACUCUUUGGACGAGAACGAUCCUUGGAGAUAUCAACAGAGCGACCUCGACCUCGUGCGAACCCGUCACAGUACCUUCGACUCGGUCAAGAGAAAUCGCAGCGCCGACACCGUGCUGGUCGAUUCCGGCCGCGGGAGAUACGGAGGUCGCGGCGUGUCCUCGGAGGACAGACGCCACCGAAACUCGGACCUCGACCUAGUCGGCACGCUGCCGAAGCGCAAGCAGGACGCCAGAAACAGCAGCGGCAGGAGUCUGGAGUCGAACUCGUCGUCCUCGCAGCCGUGCAUAAUUAACGUCACCAACGUCGAUGACGACGUGCUCAUGAAGAUGGUGCACAAGCCUGAUUGCGAGCUGCUCAAGCAUCGCCAGCAGCUCGGCAAGUGCGUCGAUUUAAAGCUGAGCAAACUGAGCGGCGAGCCGCAGGACCAGGGAUACGCGUCCGAACGUUCGCCCGAAGACGAGCAUCCACCGUCGCUGCCAGGCCAGCCGUUUCCAAAUGUGACACCCGAGAGCACAUUCCGAGUGACGCUACAGAAAAGUAGUCGCGGUCUUGGCCUGAGCGUUUCCGGUGGCGGCACCGCGGGGCCCGUCAGGGUGAAAAGACUCUUUCCUCAACAACCCGCUGCCUUGUCCAACAAACUUCAAACUGGUGACAUAUUGCUGGCAGCCAAUGGGAUCCCGCUAACUGGCCUCACCAAUUACGAGGCUCUCGAAGUUCUGCGUACGACGCCCAGCACGGUCGAGCUGGUGGUGUGCCGGCUUCCAGGAGAGAGUAAUGUCACGCCACCCGGUGCACCGCCGCCACCCCCGGCAAGGCGAGAGCCGCCGCCGCCGUUACGUUUACUUAACCCUCUGCCGCCCCUGCAGAUCGAGCCCUGUGGUGAGUUUGACAUCGAGAUGACAAAAGUUGCCGGCAGCCUUGGUUUCACUUUGAGGAAGGCGGACAGCAGUGCCCUGGGUCACUACGUGCGUGCACUGGUCCGAGAACCGGCUUUGAGUGACGGCAGAAUCCGGCCGGGUGAUAAGAUCGUCGCGGUGGACGGGGCACCGUUGUCGCCGAUGAGCCACGAGGAAGCGGUCCAGCUGUUGCGACAAUGUGGACCGACGGUGAAGCUGCGGCUGUAUCGAGAUCUGGCGCAGACCCCGGUCUCGGCGCUCUCGCCCACCGAACCCGAUCAUCCUCUCCGUCCGCCACGUACGAGUUUGAGACAAGAAGCUGUGGAUAUGCUGUGUGACUUGGCGGUCCGGAAGCUGUCACCCGGUACAUCAAGUGGGUCUAGUAACUGCAAGCAACAAUCACCUGGUGCGUCGUGCAACUCGCCCCGAAGACUACGUCGACUCGGCACGCGUACUCCCACUGCCGAAACUGAUCAAGAAACUCCCGAGAGCAAGUUGCGCGACAUGCAAACGACAUCGUCGACGGGUAGCCAAGCGGAGACCACGUCAGACUCGGACCAGUGCUCCGUCAGGACGCAAAUCACCAAUUCCCAGGCGAACACACCUGCGACCGACAUAAUCGAUCCGCCACCGCUUUACGACAUCUACGACGACAACGACGACGACGACGACGAGUCGAAGUCAGUGUCGAACAAUGCAGUGGCCAGGCCUCGCUUCCUCGAUUUGUCGGCGCCGCAGGGUAAGCCGCAUUUCCAAUUUUGCAGCGUUGACUCGGACGGCGAAUAUCCCGGAGAUGACGAGGUGAUCCUCGCCGAGGCGGAGCGCGGUCGACUGGCCGAGCCGAGCUACGACGAUGACAGGAGCGUGACGGUGCUGUCGAGCGACGAGCACGACAACGAUAUGCCGUCCGAGCCGGCUUCGAUGCCGCCGGUGCUCUCGUCUACCAGCAGCACCAGCACCGUCGCCUUCAGCUACAAGAAUCCAGCUUAUCAGAGCGCUAAUCCAGCCUGCGGCAGCGCCGGCAGCGACCCGGCUGGAACCAAGAGCAAGGCCACACACUCGAGCGAUCAGGACAUUCCGGGAAAGAUCCUGGGAACGGACGACCCGGGCGGUAGCAAGGGGCUAUUGAAGUGGAAGGGUGUGAUGUUCGCUCCAAACGAUGAGGUGGAUCAAGGCACUGAGCACAACCAGGAAGGGGCCGGAAGAGACACCACGGAUUCGGUCGCUCCUAUCGAAGACCUUGAACAAGGCAGCGAGGUGUUCAUGGUGGAGCUGACGCGUGGGUGGAACAGCCGGCUGGGCUUUAGUUUGCAGCCGGAAGGAAAUCGUACGGUGAUAUCGGUCGUGCAUCCUGACAGUGUCGCGGCCAAGGAUGGCAGACUUAGGCAGGGUGAUGUAUUACUGAUGGUUAACGAGGAGAGCGUGGAACACAUGUCAACAGCUGAUAUAAUAGAUCUGUUGCGCAAGAUACGCGGCUCAAUAGGCAUCACGGUGAUGAGGAAAUCCAAACGGAAUAAUAUAACGUGACACUAGUCCAGUGCGUGAUCGAAGUAGAAAAACGGAAAGAGAGACGAUCUGAUUGAUAUAUUGUUCCUUAUCAACGAGCAAUGGCGAGUUUGGUUUAGACGCGAGUCUAGCGUAAAGAAAGUUUGGCCAGGAAAAAACACGCUGAUUUCCUUCAAUAAUACGUUCAUUAAGUUUUGGAUAACGAGAGGUAGUAGAAAUAAGUAGUAAUUAUUAAGAAAUAAAUAGAGAUUAUAUAAAAGAAGAAAGUACAAUAAGAGGUGUCAUGAAUUGGCGGAUCUUCGACGUCGGAAGAAAGAGUAAACCCGGUACUGUCAACGGCGAAGAUCGUUCACGAAGCAGCAUCUUCGCAAGAUAAUUUCGCUCUGUAAAAGACAGUGCUUUUCGCCUUCGACCGCAAAAAAGAGUCGUCUUCGACUCGAUCGAUUACAAAAGACUGCCGUCGAGAAAUAUUCGCAGAUGCCAUCCAGAUAAACAUCCCCUGACGAAUGUGCGGAGAUAAGGAGUCACUCGUUCUUGCGGGAUUCUGCCGAAGGGGAACUAAAUGCCGGAGACGUGAUUAGGAUGUCCUGAGGCAUCGCAUUGAAUUCUCAGUCCCAGAUUUCGCGCGCAAUCAGUCAAUCUCGUAACGUAAUCCGCAAAUCAAUAUUAUUUACGAUUGCAGUUCUGCUGGAACGUGAGCGAAUGACAAUGCGAUUUAUCCCAAAAAGAACAUUCGACAUGCCGUGACAGAUUGCGCAUUAAUUAUAGAAUAAUCGAAGUGCUUCUCCCGUAAGUUCGAAUCUCUUCGAUCUCCAAUUAUCGGCGUUCGUCAAUACUAUUCCCGAUAGUUUGCGGUGAUAUUCACGACAAGUGAAAUUCUCUUAUGAUUAAUGCGUAUUCCUCGCAACGAAAUCGAAUUCGAGAAUCAAAACGGAUCAAUCAAAAUACGAUUAGAGAGAAACGAUAUUGCAAAAGGAGACGUGGUUGGCUUAGUCGGAACGCAAUUAUCGAUUAUCCAUCGGGAAAACAAUCUUGAUCUUUUUUAUGAAACUACGAUAUGUGUUGUGUACAUAGCUGUAAAAAAUAUUCUUUUAAAUACGUUCACGAGCGUGAAAAGAAAAAUCUUACUUGGGAGCUUGCAGUAUAUAUCUUAACAUAUCUUUGUAAAUCAUACAUAUUCCACCAAUACUUAUCUAAAAAAAAGAGAGAAAUACAGAAUUCUACGCGAAGGAUAGAAAUUAAAUAGUGGAAGUAUCUAUAAGUGAAUUUGACGCUAAUAAUAUAUAAUUUUAUUUUUCCCUGACAUACACUUAAAAUGGUUCAACUUAAAAUUAAAAUUAAAAUUGGAUUUAUAUUUUUCCGAAGACGCCAGCAGUUCCUCUUCCAAUUCCUUCGAAAAUAGAGCUACGCUAAAAACAUGUAUCGUGUAAAUACUGUAUUUUUAUUCCAGAAAGUGUAACUUUAUCGAAAGAGCUUGACGUCUAUUACCACGAAUUCAUACGAAUAAAAAAUGUGGAUUAAUUAAUUUUACUCGCCCCGCGCCGCCACGCGCGAGAAGUAAAUCUCACGUGAAAUAUAAAUUUAUCGUGAGGCAGGUAAUUAACAUUUUGGCUUUAACUUCGUCCAUUCGUGAUUAGAUGAGAAUUUACAAUAAUUAAUAUUCGCAAUUAAAGCGUGUGAUAAAGGAAACUCGAUGGAGUUUCAUUACUCAAGCGAAAGAGAUAAUCUAUUUUCAGGAAUUUCUCUUUAACUGUUUAACUGAUCAAAUAAAUUUAUAAAUAAAGUAAUAAAUUUAACUAUAACGUAAAUAGUAGGAGACAAUUGGCCUUCUUUGCGGCGAAAACACAGUCUUUUCGCCGUAUUAAUAUCUAACUUCUUUGAGGCUACUAUCUCUGGUCUCUUAGCGAAUCAAAAGACAAUCUAUCGUAAGCGCCAGAAACGAGUGAGUCGUAAAUGUGUCGCUGAUGAAUUUGACGAUAAAUGAAUUGUGACUACUGCUUGUAAGAUAAUGUCUCACGCAUCUCUAAUAUUUCGAUCUUCCCCAAGAAGAUCGGCAGAUAACUACGCACGGGAUAAAAGUUAGAAUUGCUUGUAGCGUAUACUUGAGGGAUGUUUCAACGUUCGAGUAACUACCUCGCGUGAUGCCAUACCACAGCGAAACAGUGACUACUAUUAAUUGCGCGAAUCUGUUUAAGGAAAAAGAUAUUUUAUGCCUGAAAACGUGUAUUUCCUAAUCUUAUGUAUGUAUAUCCUUAAUCAUGUAAUGUCAAAAGAUCGCAAGAGAAAUGAUCAUUCUAUUAAACGGUAAAUGCUCCAUAAAACGUUGAAUACGGGAGCUAGAGGCAGAAGCUUGUUAAAGUAAGCACGAACCAGUUACAUUUACAUUGUUACAUCAACGACGCUUCCCGAGCCGUAGAGAAAUUUUCGUUCCUAUAUGGUAAUGACGCACCUCGCGUGCAAACGAGGAAAGAGGUGUCGGCACGAUAUGAAGUUUAACAAUCUAUAACAGUGCAAUAACGUUAAGUAAGAAUUAGACGAGAACAAUAUGUAAUGAAUGUGAUAGUCGUUCCGUUUAGAACGUUAGCGCUGUAAAUCUACGAACUUAGACGAGUUUAUCGUGUGAAUUGCACGGCAUGUAUAUAAAGUUAACUGUACAAUUGUAUAAAUCGAUACCAAAGUUGUAUUAAUAUCAAAGUUGUGUAAUAUCAAAGACGAGUAUUUUACUGUGUAACCAAUUGUUAGAAACGAGCAGUUAUAUUUUGACAUUACGUUAAGCUUAUUAAAUUAUUGUUAGUAUCUAUGAAUAUACAUUCGAGAUAUGUAAGUUUUAUCGAAAGUUAUUCCGAUCGUUUUAUCGUUUGAUCCCCCUUUCCUGUUUGGUAUAGUAUAAUAUAUAUAUAUAUUCAAUAAAAUUGUUUCUUUGA